CGGGGCAUGCCGCUGCUGCUUCCCCUGCUCGAUCUCUUCGCCGCCGCCCCGCUCUCCGUCCAUGCCCGUCCGACGGACCUGCAUACCCGGCAGACGAGCUGGUCCGGCGACUGUCUCCCCGUGCAUGUCAUGAUUGGGCGUGGCACGACGCAGGAGUACCCGGGCUCGCUGUUGUCGUUGGCGGAUCUGAUCAUACAAAACAACAAAGACGGAGCCGACUACGAGGACAUUGUUUAUCCGGCUACGUUCGACUAUACCGAGUCGACGGCCCAAGGCUACGAAGCCACAAUCAGCCAGCUAACGACGUAUGCGAGCAAAUGCCCGGAAUCCAAGGUUGUGCUACUGGGCUAUUCGCAGGGCGCGCAUGUCACGGGCGAUGCGCUGGCUGGCGGCGGGGGCGGCGACAUGGGUGCCGAGACUGAUCCAGUGAGUACCGAGAUCGGUGACCACGUGGCUGCUGUCGUCUGGUAUGGCGACCCGCGCCACAUGACAGGGGAGCCGUACGACCAGGGCACCGCGACCGCGGAGGGCCUCUUCCCCCGCACGACGGCACAGCUGGCGAAUCUCAAGACCUACGCGGAUCGCAUCCGCUCCUACUGCGAUCUUGGGGACCCGGUGUGUGCUGGUGGCGACUCGCUAGAAGUGCAUUCGAGCUACCCGCAGAGCUACGACGAGAAAGCGGCGGCGUGGGUGCAGACGAAGCUACAAUGAGAAUGGGGGGGGAGAAAGACAUGUUGCGUAACUGACAGGGCGGAAGUUGCUUUUUGAGAAGUAGGAGCUGUAAGGAAGGGAGGGGAGCCAAUAGGGCUUGGGCGACAAAGAAGGCGGAUGAGACAAGACACCGUCCUUGGGAUGCGGGA